AUGUCCUCUAUUGAACAACAAUUCCAAUUGAUGCAGCAACAGAUUGCUGCUCUGCAAGAACAACUCAACAACACCAAUCUGGUAUCCAUGCAGUCAGCGGAUGACACUGCAACUCGAUCUCUCGAUUCUAUGAGUACUCGCCCUCAUUACGACUGGUCCCCUUCGGAAGCCCUUACGGAAGUCAUGAAUUUGGAUGCUCCUUUGCACACCUCUCCUAUGCUUUCGGAUUCGGAACGAAAAAUGAUCAUUGAAUCUUACCCUCCAAUGGCUCACAUGGAGUAUAAGACCCCAGCAACCAUUCCUACGGCUGAACGUUUAAUGAACAAAGGUCAACGUUAUGAAGAUACCAAUCUCAAGCACCUGCAAUACCUUUUGUCGGCUGCAUUCCGCCCGUUGGAUAUCCUCAGUCAUGAACUCGUUUUCGCAGAAUCUGACAAUCCUAAUUUGGAACAUUAUUGUACCAUGUUAGGCGAUGUCCGUAAGCUAUUGCUGCACACCAGUGCAGCAAUGACUCAGUCUCGUAACAACAUUGCCCUUAGGGCUGUCAACCCUUCGUUUUCGUAUACUCUUCCCUUGGAUGAAUUCCAAAACACGUUGAUUCAACAAACGGCAGCUCGUAAGGCUACUCGUGAAGCCACGGUCAACCGUCGUCAACGAUGUCGUUUCCAACCCGGCAACACCAACAACGGUCCACCCUCUCAGCAGGGUGGUUUCAACAAUAACACCCACAAUGUCUCUUCCAACAGCAACUACAGCAACAACACCAGUUUUCGACAAGCCAACAACAACAACAACAACAACAACAACAGCUACAACAACAACAACAACAGCAAGAAGUCCAGCAAUCCUUUUCGCCAGUAG